AUGGUAGAGGAUUAUCAAACAACUAACAAUGUUGUGGAAUCAAACUUAACUAAUAUGUUGUUGAAGGACUUGAAUGAACUCCUAAACCUGCACGGUAAAAAGAUUGAUGAUUAUGAUCUCCCAUCUUUACCCCCUAAUACAAUAGACAGAGGUGCAGUUCCAAGUAUCAUACAAGAGGAGUUAGCGAUCGAUAUCCCCAAUGAAGAUAUUGAAUCUAUUACUAAGUUAAAUAAUGAUCAAAUGAUUGCAUUCAACACCAUUAUGAAUGUAAUUGUUAAAAAACACAGUGGGGUAUUUUUUGUUGAUGGUCCAGGAGGAACAGGUAAAACAUUCCUUUAUAGAACAUUAAUGGCAAGUUUAAGAAGUAGAGGAGAAAUUGUCUUAGCAACUGCAUCAUCUGGUAUAGCUGCAACAUUGUUACCCGGUGGUAGGACUGCACACUCUCGAUUUAAGAUACCUAUUGAUAUUCAACCGAGUUCCAUUUGUGGUAUUGAAAAGCAAAAGGAUCUUGCAAAUCUCAUUAGAGUUGCUUCCGCAAUAAUUUGGGAUGAAGCACCAAUGACAAACAAAAACUGUUUGGAAGCCUUAGAUCGAUCAUUACAAGACAUUUGUAGCAACAAUGCUCCAUUUGGUGGAAAAGUUCUGAUCAUGGGGGGGGGGGGGGAUUUUUGUCAAGUUCUUCCUGUUGUAAGAAAAGGUACUAAGGCACAAAUGAUUUCAGCGUGUAUUGUUCAGUCUCAUUUAUAG